GCAACCGUGCGCCCCUUUCGCCUUAUCUACUGUCAGCAGUUGUGGUCGUUAAUACAUCCUGAAAGCCGACCAGCCAAGCCUCCCUCCUUCAGUCAUCGAGAAGCUCUUCCAGCUCUACCGCCAUGGCAGGCACCGUCCUUUCCCCAGCAAACCCAUCGCAGCUAUGCUCUUCGAGGAGCGCCAUCUUCUCUGCUUCGCCCAAGGGCUUGACGAGAACCCACCACUUAGCGGUGGUUAGAGAGAAGGGGAUGAAGGUGAAGUGCCAGGCGACGAGCGUGCCUGCGGAUGAUCGAGUGCCCGACAUGGAGAAGAGGAAUCUCUUGAAUCUGCUGCUUCUGGGCGCCCUCUCUCUCCCCACUGCCGGCAUGCUAGUCCCCUACGGCUCCUUCCUUGCCCCUCCUGGAUCAGGAGGUGGAGGCGGUGGAACAAUUGCAAAGGAUGCCAUUGGAAAUGAUGUCAUUGCUGAACAAUGGCUAAAGGAACAUAAUCCUGGGGACCGGACUCUCACUCAGGGAUUGAAGGGAGAUCCAACUUACCUUGUCGUGGAGAAAGACAGGACACUUGCAACGUACGGAAUCAACGCCGUAUGCACUCACCUGGGAUGUGUUGUUCCAUGGAAUACAGCUGAGAACAAGUUCCUCUGCCCCUGCCACGGUUCCCAGUACAAUGACCAAGGCAGGGUUGUGAGGGGACCUGCUCCUUUGUCCUUGGCAUUGGCUCAUUGCGACAUAGAUGAUGGGAAAGUAGUGUUUGUACCCUGGACAGAAACAGAUUUCAGAACUGGGGAUGCUCCAUGGUGGGCUUGAGCUUCCUCUCUCAGGUUCGAGCUGUAUUGUCCCUCAGAUGACACUGUAUCCAUCGAAGCUGAGUUUGUAUAUCUGUCCACUCCUAUCAUUCACAAUGUAUGUAUCUUGUAAAGAUGGCUGAACGCUGCAACGGCCAUCAAACUAUUUUGCUUCAUAUCCUGUUUAAUGUACGAUACAUCUUUCUUUCAUGAUAACUGUACACUCGUAUUCGGAAGAGUUCUACUCGUAGCCGGAAA